CUCUUUCUGUCAUUCUAAUAAUGUCAAGCUUUGUGUUUAUGAUUGUGUAAAUAUUUAAGGAUAGUGGUGUUCCUGCUCAAAACAUUACGUUUUUAUUAAUUAAAAUUCCCGAAUUAACCCAGUAAAACCCUUAAACCUAAAUAUUUCCAUAAUUAUACGUUAAAAAAAUGUGAACUGGACCACAUUACUGCUAUUUUUUACGUAAACCGGUACUAAGUGAACUUUUGCUCUGAAAUUUGUUGUGUCUAGGUAAUUUAAUACUUCAUUUAAAAAGCUUUAAUCAAGAACUAUAAUCGAAGAGUAUGAGUGCGUAAUAUUGAGUGAAAAAAUUGUCUUUAUGAGGUUUUGGUAUCCACAAGUGUUAUUUAACAAUGGACAAAACAGUGCUCCAUAUAAUUUUGUUGUUGUCUUGUUUGUUAGCCAUAACAUUAUCUCAAGAGUAUGAAGACGACGACGAGGAUUAUGAGGAUUUUUCCAACAUAAAUUCAACGUCAAACGGUUCUCUUAUCUUUACCAGCGAACUGUGGAAUAUAACCCAAGAUGGAGGAAAGUUGGCCAAGUUUUUUUGUGAAGUAAAAAAUUUAGAUACAAAUCACACUAAAAUAACAUUUACUUGGAGGCACAAUGAUAUACCAGUGGAUACCAAAGAUAGGUUUAAAAUUAGAUACAAGGGGAAAUAUGCGUCAAUUUUACGAAUAUCAAAAGUGGAAUAUUUUGACAGAGGAUUUAUAGAAUGUAUAGCAAGUAAUGGAGUGGAUAAAAUUAGAUCCUUAGGUUUUUUAGAAGUUAAUCCUGAACCAAUUAAAUAUGGUAAUACUAUUGUUAAUCCCUUAAAGACUGAUCAUCCAGAUUUAGAUAGUUUUGGAGAAAUUACAACUUUCUUGCCGAACGGUAUUGCAAAAGCGAGCAACAACGAUUUCCUGACGACGGUCGGAGGCAAAGCAAAAACAUUUUCGACACCAAUAGAAUUUGAUCUCGAUUCCAAUGGAAAAUUUACAGAAAAUAUUCCGAAAAUUUACAAUAGCUCACAACCUUUAUGUCAAUUAUAUACAGGCCACAAAUGUAGAAGACAAUUAAGUGGGAAGUUUGUGUUUGUGCAGCCUCCGUAUUCGCAAAAGGAUAUAGAAGAUAAACUUGAAGCUGCGUUUUUGGUUAUUUCGCAAUCAAAUGACAUAUCACCGAUUUGCAACAAAUUCGCCGAACCAAGCGUAUGCUUUUCCGCUUUCCCUUUGUGUCUCGAUCGGGAACAGAUCGACGAAUACCAAACACAACAUUUACAGGAAUUGAGUCAUUUGGGAAGCGAAAACAAACAGAAAUUCAAAAACAUUCGAGCUAAACUCACCAAUGCGCUUCGGAGAAUAUGCAAGGACGAAUGUAUCCUGUUGGAGAAUGAACUUUGCAGUAAAGAAUACAGCAUUGCGAAGAGGCAUCUGGUUAUAAGUCAAAUUAUGGAGUUAGAAGUUUGCGAGCAGUUACCUUCAGAAAAUGACAUCAGUUCUAAACAUUGCCUGACAUUAGGAGUUGGGGAACUAAAUGUAAACAGAGAAGAGACAUGCUUCUGGGAUACCGGAAAAUUUUACAGAGGAGUUCAGGACAAAUCAUUUACCGGCAAACCUUGCCUGCGAUGGGCCCAUCAGUUUCAUGUUCCUACUUCAGAUAACCCAGAACUUGCCGGUCACAAUUAUUGUAGGAAUCCCAGAGAAAUGGAGCGAGAACCGUUUUGCUAUGUAGAACAAAAUAAAAAAGAAGUGUGCGGUGUUACCAAAUGCGUUUACGUAUUCGGAACCUAUAUUGGUGGUAUAAUCGUGGCUCUCGUGGCAGUCGUGGUAGCUUUUACAUACUGCUAUUGCAACAGAAGAAGUAAACUCACGAGGAAUUUACAGAAUAAGGAUCUACCGCCUGUGAGUAAAAAUAUUUACGGUAGUCCCGGUCCUAGUGCUCCCAUGGAGAUGAAUUCGUUGCUUCCUCCACAUCUUCCUCCUCAACGGAGUCACCAUGGAUCCAAUAAGAAUAGUUUUCAAUCUGUACCGCAAUAUACAUUUAAAGAAGUUAGAUUUUUAGACGAAUUAGGAGAAGGAGCGUUUGGUAAAGUUUACAAAGGAGAAUUGAAGACAAAGACUGGCAAAAUAUUUGUAGCUGUGAAAUCCCUUAAAGAAAACGCAAGUGCAAAGACACAGGCUGACUUCCAACGGGAAAUUGAACUCAUAUCUGAACUUAAACAUCCAAAUAUCAUUUGUUUGCUGGGUGUAGUGAUGAAACAGGAACCAAUGUGUAUGCUUUUUGAAUAUAUGUCAGAGGGAGAUCUACAUGAAUUCUUAAUAGCAAAUUCGCCAGAGGAAGGAAAAUGUUUGACACAUAAUCAAUUUUUAGAUGUAGCUAUUCAAAUUGCACAAGGUAUGGAGUAUCUCUCAGCGAAUCAUUACGUCCAUAGAGACUUAGCAGCUAGGAAUUGCCUUGUAUCCAAAGAUUUAGUGGUUAAAAUUAGUGAUUUUGGAUUAAGUAGAGAUAUGUACAGUUGCGAUUAUUAUCGAGUACAAUCCAAAUCUCUUUUGCCUGUUAGAUGGAUGCCACCUGAUUCUAUUUUGUAUGGUAAAUUUACAACAGAAAGUGACGUAUGGUCAUAUGGAGUAGUUUUGUGGGAAAUCUACAGUUAUGGAUUACAGCCUUAUUAUGGCUAUAAUAAUCAAGAAGUUAUCAACAUGAUACGAUCAAGAAAGUUACUACCUUGUCCAGACGCAUGUCCAAGCUACUGUUACGCGCUGAUGGUAGAGUGUUGGGCAGAGCAAUCAAACCGAAGGCCUAACUUUAGUGAAAUUGUACAUAGACUAAAAAUCUGGAGGCAAAGUGGUUCUACUAACGGGGCAUAUUUUAAGACAGCUCCUACACCCCAAAAAUAUAGCCAUAGUUCGAAAUCAAGUCACACAUCAGAUUCACAAUCUGCGUGUCCUACUAUUGACAAUCAGAUGUCCUUCACUUGGGAAAGAGAUCACCAUAAACCUACUUCCAGUAGAUUAAAUGACAGCCAAAGUAGUUUGACGUCUCGAUCUUCAAGUUUGGGCAAUACAACACAAAGUACUGUUAUAAGCAACGAAAUGCGCAAAGAAAAACGUCCAAAGAAGAGCAUCGAUUCCUUGGAGAGGUUUAACCCCAAAAACACUGUAGUAAGCAGCAGUGGUAAUGGUGAUGGUGUUGAAACUAAAAUCACGUUGUAAAAAUUUCACUCUUGUUGUUAUUUAAAAUGUUAAACUAUUUUAUUUCUUAUUGUCUUCAAAUUGGAAAGUAGAAAAUUGUAGCUAGUGGUUCAGAAUAUUUCAAUCUUUAAGACUAAUAACCUAGCGGUCGAACUCCCUAUGUUUUUUUCUUUCGGCCAAGAGAUUAUCUUACUUAAAACCACUCUCACAAAUUUUUAUGUCACUAUUACAUGAAAUACGUGAAAUUUCAAACAUUUUUUGCCCCCUUGUUUGUGUCCACCUAGCGGGUGACAUGCGCACUAAAGUAUAAAAAUUGGCUUCACUUAUUUUCCCCGAAUUCUAUAUCUUGUUUAUUAUUAUAGUUUAUUUUUUAACCAGGAGGAGUAAACUUAAAAGACAGAUUCACACACAAGAAAGUCACUAGAAUAAUAACCAAAUAUAUCUUCUUUUUUGGUUGAUCUAGUCGGCCCUCAACGGUAAUCCAUAAAUAUUAUAUUAAAUUAAUACGUCGCUAAAGAGUUCCAAAAACAACAGCUUUUUAUAUAAAAGCAGACUAACAAUCUAAAAAUUAAAGGAAUAACACAGAAAACACAAAAAUCGCCGAUAUAUCUUAAUUAACCUAUGAAAUGUCACUAGUGUCAAAAUUUGAUAAAUGUCAUUUUUGUCAAAAUUUUAUAACAGUGGAGUAAACUUGCCUGCGAUUGGACCCAUUACAAACAAGCAAUACAGCGCGGUAAAUUUGAAUCACUCCUCUUGGUUAAAAAACAAACCAUAGUUUUUUUUUUUUAACCCUAGUCAAAAAUUUCAAUAUCUUUGCCCUUUUUAUCAGGUUAUAUUCAUUUUAGGUAAGCACUGAUGAUGACUGGUAAACCAGUCGAAAACUAGUUAUGUGAAUUGAUGUGGCCCUUUUGAGGGUUUUUUAAAUAUACCUUUUAUACAGCAUUUAUUGUUUUUGUAUCACAUGGUAUACAGCCAACUACAGGAAAACUUUUUUUCUUGUGGAUUUUUAAACCAUAGUACAUCUAAGUUUUCACAAAAACUGUGAAGUGCGAGUAAAUAACUUAUUUUGUUUAAACAAUUUAUUAGGGCGGUCUGUAUAAGUAUUUCGCCUUUAAAAGAAUAACAAAACGUUUUGGAAAAAUGGUGAUUUAUUUCUGAACCUAGUCUCCUUUUAGCUUUUCUUUGAUACUUACUUACUUUCCGUGUCCGGAACACCAACAACUUUAAAUUCUGUAUUUCCAAUGGUUGGCCACAUAGAUGGCCCUGUCAUUUGCUAUAAUUAAGUCUUGUUCUGUGCAGGUCUCUCUCAUCUCUGUGCAUGAUAGUAGAUGCCGGCUGGUCUGAACCGCGCCACAGUCGCAGGUAUCGUCCUCCUGGUAUCCCCAUUUUUUCAGGUUACUAGCACAACGU